UCAGAUACAUUUAUACUCUGAAACCAUUCAUAUUAACAUUUCUACUCUAAAUUCUAAUUUCAACAAUUUUUCAAUAUCACCUUUUUUCCUGUUUUUACACUAUAACAUUUAUAUAUAAUUUAGCCAUGAAGAAUGGUAGGGCCUUCAAUAAGUACCUACCAAAUUCAAGGAUGGCUUUGUUGCGCAUAACUCGAUCGUAUGGCGAUUGCAGUAAAGGUGAUGGAAUUAAGGCCAAAUUGGAAAAGGCCAUACCUCAGCAGCGAGAAUAUUUUUUGGGAAUUAAAUGCCUGCACGGAAAGACUAGUAUUGGAAAUAUCCCGGUUAACAGUGUGAUGGGCGGAAUGCGCGGCCUGCCGCUGUUGAUCUGUUUAACUUCUAGUUUACAUCCUACGAAAGGUAUCUUUUACCGUGGUAUGCCAAUAAAAGACGUCUGCGCAAAACUCCCUCGAGUAAAGAAAGGAUCAAGCGAAGGUACCCCCGAAGGCGCCUUUUUUUUUCUAACUACCGGAUCAAUGCCCACAAAAGAAGAGGCCCAGGGCGUGACAAAUGAAUGGAAUAAACGUGGCAAGGUGCCGGAUUACUGUUUGAAGAUGCUUGAUUCACUGGAUAAGAAAAUUCAUCCGAUGGCACAGCUUUCUGCCGCAUCUGCUUGCUUGAACUUAAACAGUAAGUUCGUGGAAGCAUAUAAGAAGGGAGCUAAACGGGCAGACUACUGGCAGUACGUUUACGAGGAUUCCAUGAAUUUGUGCGCAAUGCUCCCCACUGUAGCGGCGAUUAUCUACACCAACGUGUUUAAGGGCGGCAAGGGAUGUCGGGAGCUGAAUAAGGAUCAGGACUGGUCGGGAAAUUACAGUACCAUGCUCGGUCUUCCAGACGAAGACUUCAUCGAUCUGAUGCGACUUUACAUGGUUAUACACGCCGACCACGAGAGCGGAAAUGUCUCGGCUCACGCUAGUCACCUAGUGGGAUCUGCCCUCAGCGACCCGUACCUUUGCUACUCGGCCAGUAUGUGCGGAUUGGCUGGGCCACUCCACGGAUUAGCCAACCAGGAGGUUCUGGUUUGGUUGACGAAGUUACGAAAAGCUAUAGGGGAUGAACCGUCGGACGAAGAAAUCAAAAAGUUUAUUGACGAUACUCUGAAAGGCGGGCAGGUUAUUCCCGGCUUUGGACAUGCUGUGCUGAGGGACACUGAUCCACGAUUCACUCUGCAAAACGAAUUUGCCAUGAAGCACUGCAAAGAUGAUCCUGGCGUAAAAUUAGUGACUCGCUUAUGGAAAAUCGUACCCGAAGUGUUGAAAAAAUUGGGAAAAGUGGCCAAUCCCUUCCCCAAUGUGGACGCCCAUUCCGGAGUUCUUUUACAACAUUAUUGCUUAAUGGAGAUGAACUAUUAUACGGUGCUGUUUGGAGUCUCAAGGGCUUUAGGCGUGCUUUCCCAACUGAUUUGGUCCCGUGCAUUGGGUUAUCCACUUGAGAGGCCGAAGUCUAUAUCUACAUCUGAUCUAUGCACUUUUAUUCAAAAAGCGGAGAAAGCAGGCAAAGAUAAGAAAAAAAAAUGUUGAUGAAAAUAGAACAAUAGAACUACUGAAUAAUAAAUAGAAGCAAGCUCAUUAAUAUCACCAAAACAA